AUGGAGUUAAGUAUCGCUAGCCAUGGAGGAAAGAAUGAACCUUUCAUGGAGCAUAAAAAAGAGAAAUUUUUUGGGCAAAAGACUGAUAAGCCUAUUAAUAAGCCUACCAAGGAAGCAAUGACAAUCGACACUGUCCCUGUCAAAAUCUCCACCCAAGAUAAGAAUAAAGAAGUCAAAAGGAUGGAGCCAUCUCGAGAGGUCAUCAAAUUGCCAGAAUGUAAGCGACCUGAGGAGAUGAACUGGGUUAAUUACCCUAAGUUUUGCAAGUACCACCGAAUUGAGCUGAUUAUGAAUUUGGCUAUGCAAGGAAGGACUAAGUUGGACGUUGACAAAAUCGCAGAUGCGAACGUUGCCACAAUUGUGAUUGGAUCCUUUGAUCUAGUGUCGUUGCCUACAUUGUUGCCAAGGUUGGAGUUUCAAUCAACGAGGGGCAUACACUAA